UUGGAAUUAAGAAUUAUAAUAUAAAAAACGAAUUCAUGUAUAAAACGGUGAUAGAACCUUGAAGCUUAUACAUUUAACUUCAAAUUAAAAAAAUAUAUAUGUAAAAAUAUUGAUUAGAAAUUAAAUAAUAAAUGAAAAUAACUUCAAUUCCUUAUGUCCCCUCUAUCGGCCUGCUUAGACCCACUUUAUCGGCCACCUUUUAAAUAAAAUUUUAGGUGAUUGGAUGUAUAUAAUUUAUUUACAUCUAUUCUUAAUAUUUAUGUUUAUUUUGAAAUAUAACUUAAUCAAUUUGUUUAUUUAUUUUGACAUUAAAAAAUUAAAUUGACUAUUUUGCAUAUAAGUGCUGAUAACCUUAAAAAAAAUAAAACUAAGGUGGCCGUUAAUGCAUAUACAGAGCUAAUUUUCUCGUUUCUAUAUUCAGCCACCUUAUUUUUAAUAUAAAUUAGGUAAAAAUCAUUAAAUUUUUAACUCCUAAAAUUACUAUGAAACGAGCUAAUAAGAUUACAAAAAAAAAUCGGACUUUUCUUGUUAUUUUUAAUUAGUAAUCGGUUAUUGAAAAAACAAGAAUACUUAACCUACCUGAUAAGAAAUCUCCAGAAAUCGCAUCUGACGCACUACUAUUUUUUUUUUAAUUAUAAAAUGAAUUGUUACAAUAAUCAAAGUAUGUUUAAUCUAAACUAGAUUAAUUUUAAUUUUUUUUUAAAACAACUAUUUACGCAUUAAUAUGUACUUAUUGUAGAAAUAUAUCGACUUUUCGACUAAGUGGCCGAUGAAGGGGGCCUGGCCGAUAGAGGGGUCACUUACCUUAUUUCGCUGAGACAAACUAGAAACGGUCCAAUAAUAUGGAAAUUUUCCUUUAAACAAGUAAAAAUUAUAAUCGCUUAAUUCUAUAAAUUACUAAAUUAUAAGUAAAAUUACUUUGAGUAUUAGAGUACAAAACACAAACAUUCAAUAAAAUUUACUAUUUGAUUUCUUAAAAAAUCUAUUUUAGAAUAAAACUUUCACUGCGACUGCUAUUGAAUUUUUACCAAUCCAAAUUGUCAAAAUUGUCUCCUUGAGUGUAAUAAGAAUUUUUUUUUUUCCAUAGAUAUGAAAAAGUCGAAACUAUCAGACUUGUCACAUAAUGUUAUAGGAUAUUUUUCGUUGACAGUUUUAUUCUCUACAAACUAUUACCAAUAAAGUUUUUUCAUAUUCUGCAUUGUUUUCUAGUUAUUUUUAUUUUAAUUUCAAGCUCUUAAAAAGUAGUGUUCUGAUCGAUUUCAAGACCUCGACAUUGAAAUGAAAAUAACUAGAAAACGAUGUGGAGUUAAAAUUUUUUUUCGUGUUGAACUAUGAUUUUUUCCCCAUGCACUUAAAAAAAAAAUGUUGCUCCGAAAUGACGCAGCCUAAUAUAUAUAUUAGAGUGAUUAAAAAAAUAACAAAAUUUAUUUUCAUUCUCGAAAACAGGUUCAAAAGUUUCAUUUAGAUAAAAAAAGACGCCUGUGAAAAUUAGAGCUUUUAAUAUUAACAUUCAGAGGAUUUCAAAAAAAUUUUCUUUGCGUCUUCUGAUUUUUAUAACUAGCUAACGAUGCAUCAUAGAAAAAGUCAGCAGGCAUUUUUGGUAGGGAAUUGAAUACUCUGCAAAAAAGUUUCCUAUCAUUUUUUGAUAAAUCCACCUGUUCAAAAGUUAUUGGAGCUUGAACUAAAAUUUAUAUUGAAUUUCGAGAUCUUUCUACUUUUUCGGCAAAACUAUCAGACUAUAGUCGGUUUUUUUGGGUCACCCAAGUAUACAGUAGCGCUCAAGAAUAUUUUUGACAAAGAUAUUUAUUUCAUUCAUUAAGAGUAAACAAAAAACAUAAAAAUCUUUAACUUAUAUUUUUUUAUGAUAUUUAACGUUUUACAGAACAGUGAUGAAAUAACCUUAGUUCGCAACAAAAUAAAGUUUAAAUUUAAAAAAUAAAAAAAAAUGGUGGAUCAUAAGUAUUUUGACAUAAUUGAAAAAAUUUUUUUCAUACAUAGAUAUAGUACUUUUAGUCAUUAAAAAUUCACUAUUUAGUAGCAUAUCCCUUAGCCUUUAUGACAGCCUCACAUCGCGCUGGCAUCGAGUCAACCAACUUCUCUAAUCAGUUCAGCGGAAUUUUCUCCGACGUAUUUUUUGAAGCUUUAUAUAAAUUGUCCUUAUCGGAAUAAUUUCGGGUUCUUAUUCUACGAUCCAACUCCUCUCACAGAUGCUCUAUAGGAUUAAAAUCUAGGUUUUGGCUUGGCCACUCUGAAACUUUGACUUUACCGCGUUUCAUGAAAUCACAAAUGUACUUGGAUCUGUGUUUAGAAUCAUUAUCAUUCUGAAAAUACCACCCAGCUAGUAUAAGUUGCUUAACAAAUGGCAGCAUUUAAGUUCUCAAUAUUUUUUUUUUACACAAACUGUUCCAUAUUUUCUUUGACUUAAUGCCAGAGCGUAGAAAACACCCCCUAGCCAUCACACUAUCACCUCCAUAUUUAAAAGUAGGUAAUUAACAUUGAAAAUCAUAUUUUUUAUUUUUAGAACGUCGAACAUACUUGACACCAUCUGACAUUAAAUUAAAUUUAUUUUCAUAAUUCCACAAAACUAAAGAACAGUCUAAGCUUAAUCACGAUUUAUACUGUUUUAGGAAUUCAAGUCAAGACUUUUUAUUUUUUUCUAAAUAUUAAAGUUUUUUUCUGUCGGCCUUCGACCAUGCAACCCGAAGAGUUUUAAGCAUCGUUUGACAGUAGAAAUGUGAAUAUACAUGUUGUAUUUUUCUUUCAAUUCAUUUUUUAUCAUCACAGCUGACUUUCGGCAAUAGCCAGUUGAUAAUGUUUAGUAGAUUUCAUAGAAAUCUAACUAUUAUAUUUGUCCUCAUAAUGGAAUUUUCGAAAAAUUUUGCUACCUCUCAACUCAGCUCGACAAGCUGAGUCAGAAAAUACAUUUGGUUCAAAAGUUUAUAUAUGUAUUUAUAUAGCGUCCACAAUUCUAUACCGAUCUCAAUGAAACUUAGUAUACUUAUUCUAUGGACGAUUACCUUGGAUGAGUUCGAAGAUGAGCCAAUUCGGCCAAUAAGUUUAGAACCCGACUAGAAAUUCCAGUUAGGCUUGCCGAAAGACUAAUUCGGACCGAAUAAGGCUUUCCGAAAUACGACAAGCCUGAUUCGGACCUUCUUCCGGCCUCAUAAUAAAAACCAAAAUACGGCAAGCCGAAUUCGAAUCUUAUGGUGUUUCCAUGAGGAAAACUAAAGCUCGAAAUGCCAAAAACAUUUCAAACUUGGUUGUUCUUGGGAAAAGGUGUGGCAUGGUGUUAGUUAGGAAUACCUUUGGAAUUCCGGACUGAUAUUUAAUAGUAAUGACCAAAUGCUUGCCGAAUUUCAGUAUGCCAAAUCAGGUAAUUCUUAGGAAAGUGAAUGGCAAAGUUAACUUCAGCGUAUCUUCGGAAAUUUAUACGGCUGCCUUAUGGUGCUUACCAAAAGCUUGUCGAAGUUUGGUAUGCCAAAUUAGGUAGUGAGUAGGAAAGUGAAUGGCAAAGUUAACUUCGACGUAUCUUCGCAAAUUGAUACUGCUGCCUUAUGGUACUUACCAAAGGCUUGUCGAAGUUUGAUAUGCCAAAUUAGGUAGUGAGUAGGAAAGUGAAUGGCAAAUUUGACUUCGGCGUAUCUUCGGAAAUUGAUAUGGCUGCCUUAUGGUGGUUACCAAAGGCUUGCCGAAAUCUAGUAUGCCAAAUAAGAUAGUUAGUAGGAAAAUGAAUGGCUAAGUUAACUUCGGCGUAUCUUCAGAAAUUGAUACUGCUGCCUUAUGGUGGUUACCAAAGACUUGCCGAAGUCUGGUAUGCCAAACCAGCGCCCCGACUAGAAUUCCAGUGUGGCAUGCCAAAAUACCAAUUCGAGACGAAUGAGGCUUUUCGAAAAACAACAAGCCUAAUUUAACACUUGUCCCGUCCUUAUGAGGAAAGCCGAAACUCGAUAUACCAAAACUUUUCCAAAUUUGUUCGUCAUUAGGAAUUUCGGAAAGGCGUAAAAGUUCAGUAAUUCUUUGGAAUUCCUGACCAAAAUCGAAUCGGGAUGACUGAAGGUUUGCUAAAGUUAGGUACGCCAAAUUCGGCUACUAUUAGGAAAGUCUUCGUCAUUGCCUAAGUUAGGUAUAUCUUUGGACUUCCUGACUGGUACCGAAUAAUAUUUUAAUACCAUAACUAAACUUAGGAGCCAUAAUCGGUAGAGUAGCCUAGUAAUCAGCAACUAAUAAAAAAACGAACUGAAAUUUCUCGUCGGGAAGUUAUGGUUAAUUUAAAUUUUGUAAAAUUUUCAAAAAAAAAUUUGUUUACUGAUUUAACUGGAUGUAACUUUUAAACGGAAAGAGAUAGCUCAUUUUAGUUUGUUCUAUGUGAAAGCUCAUUCGAUUGCCUUCAAUGUUUACUAUACAACUCAUAGGUUUAACCAUUUUAUCUAAUAGAUAAAUUGUUUUGAACAUUCAUAAAAUAUUAUAAAAAAUAAUUUUAUUUAUGUUUUCACUUUGAUUAUAGCCACAAUUUCAAACCGAUCUCCUUGAAACUUGGUAUACGUAUUUUGUGGGUGAUUACCUUGAUCGAGUUCGAAAAAUGAGUUCGAUCGGUCAAUUAGUUUAGAAGUUAUAGCAUUCCAAAAUUUUCAAAAUGUCAAAAAUUCAUAUUUUUACUUAUUCUUUCUUAGAUAUUUUUUGAAUGCUAUAAUUUAUCGACUUUCUAUAAAAUUCAUCUGAAAGCUCUUCAAAUAAGCUUUCAUUUUCAUGCCUAUUUAUGUGCCUAGACCAAUGAAAUUUCUUAUCUUACCACUCAUUAAAUGAAAUUCUGCUAUUGCAUUUGUUCUUCUACUUUCAAUACAAUCUAUAGAAAUCUAACUACUGUAUUCUUUAGUAAAUUUAUGAAACUAAUUGAAUUUAUAUUAUUACUGGGUUUAUAAAAUCCUAAUUUUUCAAUUCAAGUGCCUAUAUUCAAUUUGGUUUUAUUUACAGUGUAUAUUACUCAUUUCAAGUAUGACACUUAGACCUAUCAUAAUUGAAAUUUCAACCUAAAUUAUUUUUUGUCUCACAAACACUCGAAAUGUACGACAUUUAGCGCCUAUAGUCGGCAGCUAAAAAUAUUAGAUAAGAUACAGCUGGUAAAAAAGAUACCUAAUCGUUCUAGUAGUGACGUCAUCAAUGGAUCAAAAAAUAUUUUUUGGUUAGAUGUGCGAUAGCAAACGACCAAAAAAUAUCGAAGUAACUCAAUGAGUCAUCUCAUUGAGAAAAUUUAUUAUUAUAUUAAUUCAUACACUUACCGACUUCUCUCUCAUUUUCAACAAAUAAUUAAAACAAUCUUACCAAAAUAACAAAAUAUAUAUUCCUAAGUUACACAUGCGCACAAAGUAUAAACCUUCAGUUUCGUAAAACAACUGAUUAAAUAACAAUAUAACCUUAUUAUUUUUAAUGUAAUAAUUAAUUAAAAUCUGGUGAAAAGAAUUAAAAUGGAAUUAAAUGAUGUGAGUGAUGAUGCAAGUGACGAUGCUAAUGAAGAUACUAGCAUCCAAGAAAAUGAACCACUAACACCACCAGAAAUAGUUCAAGUUGCUCAUAUCGCAUCAUUAGACCUUCUUCCUGAUAAAUCAAAGGCUCUGUACCCAAAAACAUAGAGACAAUUCAUCAAUUAGCAACAGCAAAAGAAAACAACUUCUUUUUCAGAAAGAAUAAUACUUGUAUAUUUUAAAGAAAUAUCGAAAACUAAGAAACCGUCUACAAUGAGGUCUACGUAUUCCAUGCUCAAAAGUACCCUAAAAAUUAACAACAACAUUAAUAUUGAAGCAUAUAACAAAUUACGUACGUUUCUGAAAAAACUUGGGACUAAUUUAAGAAAUAAAAAAUCAAAGGUUUUAUCCUCAGAAGACAUAACUAAAUUCAUAAAAACUGCUGCAGAUGAAAUAUACUUAGUUGAUAAAGUUAUUUUAAUAUUUGGUAUCUGCGGAGCUUGUCGAAGGGCCGAACUUUGUUCAUUAACCACUGAAAAUAUCCAAGAAAAAACAUCUUUUUUGUUGGUGGAGAUUUUUGCUACAAAAACAUCAACUAUGAGACAAUUUAUCAUUGAUGGAGACUUUUAUAAAAUUGUCAAGAAGUACAUGGAUCUUCGACCUCAACUAUCAAUUUCGAAAAGAUUUUUUUUAAACUUUCAAAAAGGCAAAUGUACUAAUCAACCAAUCGGCCUUAACAAAAUAGGUGGUGUCCCAAAAAAAAUUGCUAGUUACUUAAAAUUACCAGACGCAUCUCAAUACACAGGCCAUUGUUCUCGCCGUACGUCGGCAACAUCACUUGUUGAUGGCGGUGAUGAUGUUACUAGUCUUAAACGCCUCGGGUCUUGGAAAUCUACAGCCUUCGCUGAAAGUUACAUCGAUCAUUCUAUAACUAAUAAACAUAAUGCCUUUGAUCAAAUAACCAAAUCUAUAGUUCUAACAUCCUCAAAAGAAAUUUCAUCGAAAUCACAACAAAAUAAUAACAACACGACAACAGUUAAUUACAAUGCAUUGAACCCCAGUACAUCUACAACAGUGCAACAGUUAAAUAACAGAAAUCCAUUGUCUUCUAUGAAUCUUACAAUUAAUAAUUUUACUAAUAUUACUAUUAACUAUAAUACGUACACAAAAAACUUAUAAAAAAUAAAAACAUUUAUAUUAAAACUUAAUAAUAUCAAUAAUAAUAAUAACAAAAAUGUGAUUUUUUGUGAUUUUGUCUAAUAUAGAAAAUUAUAAUUUGUUUUUGUUUUAACUCUCAUUUAAAUAACCGCGGGUUAUAACCUGCCAUCUAUAGGCACUAAAUGUUGUACAUUUCGAAUAUCUGCCACAAAAACUAAUGUAUCUAUCUAGUACAAUCGAGUCUAAGACGCUCGUAUGUUGCUACACUCGUUGUCAUUAAUGCCUGGUCCCCCAGACUAUAAAUUCUUCACCAAGCAGGGGGCCAGGCAUUAAUGACAAUGAAUGUACCCUCGCCUUCGGCUCGGGCACCAAUCUUCACACCUCGCGUUUUAAACACGAUCGCACUCGAUAGAUGAACUACUAUUAUUUAUUUUCGUAUUAACUAUUAAUUCUAUAGUAAAGAACAUAGAAUACUUUUUCGUAGAUAAUUUUUUUUUUUUUAACUUCAAUUUUCGCGAUUCAACUUAUCAUUCCGAUAAUUUUUUCAAUUUUUUAAUUUCAAUUCUUAAAUUUUAUUGCAUUUAACUUAAAAUUUUUUGUUGUAUAACCUAGAGAAUAUUCAAGAAUGUUAAAAAAAAAAUUUAUUUUGUUAUUAAUGUUUAUUUGAAAGGAUGAAAUAAUCAAUAAUGAGAAAUCUACUUCCAUUUCGGCUGCCGAAUGACCUUUUUAUAAUGUUAUCGACUCUUGGAGAUGUUUCUUUUUGACGGCCACAUUGAGGCUUACUUUUGACUGUCAUUCGUGUAUUAUACACUUUGUUCUAUAUACUUACAAGUUGUUGAAACACUUUGAAAAUGCGAGCAACAUUUGUUAGUUUCAACCCUUGUUUUAAUGCAUUUAUAACGGUUUUUUUAAAGUUACUAGAAUAUUGCUCGGAUUUUGAUAAGUUGAAAUAACUACGACAAGUAAAUAUAAGCGAAAAUAAAAGCUCAGAGUUAUCUAACGUUCGAGAACUUUCGAAGCUAACUGCGUGUCAAAAUAUUUUUGAACUCACAAUUAAUUUUUUUCUUUCAAUGGCAUGUAAUGUAUGCAAAUAAGAUGAAACCUGACGCGUUCAAAUGAUUGCAGUUAGACUGCUCCAUACUAUAUUCAAACAUCUUUUUGACAUAGUUUUAUCUUGAAGAAGAUGAUAGCAAACUUUAUGUUGUC